AUGACAGAACAGCAACCUAAAACUGUAGAGUCAGAGUCAGCAGCACCUGCUGCUCCUCCUCCUCCUUCACAGGCUCCACCAGCUGAGCCUGAGCCUGUUCCUGAGGCUCCAAAGGAUGUGGCUGAGGAGAAAUCUGUGAUUCCGGUGCCCUCUUCUGAUGACAAGCCUGAUGAGUCCAAGGCUCUUGUCUUGGUUGAGAAGACUCAAGAAGUUACUGAAGUGAAACCAACCGAGGGUUCUGUAAACAGAGAUGCGGUGCUUGCAAGAGUUGCAACUGAGAAGAGGUUGUCACUAAUCAAAGCAUGGGAAGAAAGUGAAAAAUCAAAAGCUGAAAACAAGGCACAUAAAAAGCUUUCAGCCAUUUCGGCAUGGGAAAACAGCAAGAAAGCUUCAGUGGAGGCAGAACUGAAAAAGAUUGAAGAACAAUUGGAGAAGAAAAAAGCAGAAUAUGCAGAAAAAAUAAAGAACAAAAUAGCUACAUUUCACAAGGAAGCUGAAGAGAAAAGAGCAGUAAUUGAGGCAAAGAAAGGGGAGGAUCUUCUAAAGGCAGAGGAGACGGCUGCAAAGUAUAGAGCAACUGGAACAGCUCCAAAGAAACUCCUAGGGUGUUUCUAA